AUGAUAGUAGUGGAAGAAGACACCAAAAGAAAAAUAAAUUCCAAGGAUCAAAGGCACUUGGGGCAGGCGACUAACCCCUCCGAGGACGGUCAGGCGAUUAAAGAAUGCAACUCCUGGGCUUCUGGGGCAAGGAAAACUAUGUCCACUCAGAAGCUCUCAUUCUCGGCCAACCCUUUCUUUUCUUCCAAAAUAGAGAAAACCCAGUACCCCGAUCUAGGCUUCCAAACUACUAUUCCCGGGUACACAUAUCGUAACGAAUGGCAGAAAGACAAGGCGAAAGGGCUCGCCCUCGAAUCAAAAGGCAACAGUGAGUCUAAUUCUAUCAUGGCAUGGUACAGCUUCAGACAGCUCAUUGGCUAA